GAAGGCAGUUACCUAGCUAUCCCUUUGAAUGUUGACAGACCCACAGCCACAGGGUCUCGCCUAACUUUUGCUCGCAUUUGUGUUGAAAUAAACCCUUUCAUUCCUCUUCCAGAUUUCGUCACCAUAGAUACCAAUGAUGGAAGUUAUGACCAAGCUAUUGAAUAUGAUUGGAAACCAAAUCCUUGCAUUAAAUGCCAAACCCUUGAUGACAGUCCUUCUUCCUUGGCCAUACCCCCAAUGAUCAAGCACCAGGCUUGUUUAACUUUAUGA